AUGCUCCCAGGNGCCGUCGCCACCUUGAAGAAGGCCCUUUCCAACAAGAAGGACGCCCUCGCCCGUGAGCGUGCCUGCGAUGCCAUCAAGGCCAUCGCCUCGCACUCCGAGGUCAGCUCCGCUGUCGAGCCUUUCCUCGUCGACAUGCUCCCCGCUGUCCUUGCCGCCGUCGGCGACAAGAUGGUUCCCGUCAAGAACGCCGCCCAGGCCGCCGCCCUUGCCAUUACCCGCAUGGCCAACGCCAACGCCGUCAAGGCCCUCAUCCCCCACUUCGUCGAGUCUAUCCACAACGCCCAGAAGUGGCAAGAGAAGAUGACCGACCUCGAGUGCAUUGUCGCUCUGUCCGAAUCCUCCCCUAUCCAGACCGCUCUCCGUGUUCCCGACCUGAUCCCCAUUGUCUCCGAGGCCAUGUGGGACACCAAGAACGAGGUCAAGAAGGCCGCCUACUCCACCAUGGAGAAGAUUUGCUCUUUGAUCGUCAACAAGGAUAUCGACCGUUUCAUUCCCGAGCUCAUCAAGUGUAUCGCUAAGCCCGAGAACGUCCCCGAGACCAUUCACUUGCUCGGUGCCACCACUUUCGUCACCGACGUCCACGAGCCUACCCUCGCCAUUAUGGUUCCCCUUCUCGAGCGUGGUCUUAACGAGCGUGAGACCGCCAUCAAGAGAAAGUCCGCCGUCAUUGUCGACAACAUGUGCAAGCUUGUCGAGGACCCCCAGAUUGUUGCCGCUUUCUUGCCCAAGCUGAUGCCCGCCCUCAACCGCAACCACGACAACCUUGCCGACCCUGAGGCCCGUGAGAAGACCAAGCAGGCUCUUGACACCCUGACCCGUGUCGGUCACGUCGAGAACGGCAAGGCCCCCGAGAUCUCCAAGGAUGGUGACAUGUCCACUGUCGCUGCCCACCUCAAGUCUAUCGUCGGCGCCAAGGCUGACAAGCUCGAGACCAUUGUCAACUACAUCGGUGCCAUCGGUGGUCAGCUCGUCGACGAGAAGGUCGUCGAGCCCAUGGUCUGGGCCCAGAACACCGUUCCCUUCCUUACCGUCAUUGUUGGCGAUGAGGCCAAGAAUGUCGCUGAGGAGCUUCGCAAGAANGAAGCUUCCCCUCUCGCUGCCGCCGGCCGCGAUGUCGAGCCCGAUGAGGAGGAGGGUGAGGAUCUUUGUAACUGCACAUUCAACUUGGCCUACGGUGCCAAGAUUUUGCUCAACCAGACUCACCUUCGUCUGAAGCGUGGUCAGCGUUACGGUCUUCUCGGUCCCAACGGUUCCGGAAAGACCACCCUUAUGCGUGCCAUCAACAACGAGCAGGUUGAGGGUUUCCCCAAGCAGGAUGAGGUUAAGACCGUCUACGUCGAGCACGAUCUUGACUCUGACGACACUGAGAAGACCGUCAUUGGCUGGACCAUGCAGAAGCUUGCUUCCGUCGGUGUCGAGACNCCCGAGUCCGAGGUCCGCUCGACCCUCAUCGAGUUCGGGUUCCUCGAGGAGCAGCUCGACGGCCCCAUCGGUGGUCUUUCUGGUGGUUGGAAGAUGAAGUUGGCUCUUGCCCGUGCCGUUUUCGAGAAGCCCGAUAUUCUUCUUCUCGACGAGCCCACCAACCACUUGGACGUUAAGAACGUUGCAUGGCUCGAGAACUACCUCGUUACCUCCNNCCCCUGCACAUCGAUCAUUAUCUCCCACGACUCCAAGUUCCUUGACAACGUUAUCCAGCACGUUAUCCACUACGAGCGCUUCAAGCUGAAGAGAUACCGCGGUAAGCUCUCCGAGUUCGUCAAGCGUGUUCCUUCCGCCAAGUCUUACUACGAGCUUGGUGCCUCGGAGAUGGAGUUCAAGUUCCCCGAGCCCGGUUUCCUCGAGGGUGUCAAGACCAAGGCCAAGGCCAUCGUCCGUGUCAGCAACGUCUCCUUCCAGUACCCCGGUACUGCUAAGCCCCAGAUUGAGGAGUGCUCCUUCCAGUGCUCUCUCGGCUCGCGUAUUGCUGUCAUUGGUCCCAACGGUGCCGGAAAGUCCACNCUCAUCAACGUCCUCACUGGUGAGCUGAUUCCCACCAAGGGUGAAAUCUACCACCACGAGAACAUCCGUAUCGCCUACAUCAAGCAGCACGCUUUCGCUCACAUCGAUCACCACCUCGACUCCACUCCUUCCGAGUACAUUCAGUGGCGUUUCCAGACUGGUGAGGACCGUGAGACCAUGGACCGCGCCAACAAGAUCGUCACCGACGAGGAUGAGAAGGCCAUGGACAAGAUCUACAAGGUCGAGGGUACCUACCGUCGCGUCAUUGGUAUCCACUCGCGUAGAAAGUUCAAGAACUCCUACGAGUACGAGUGUUCGUUCGCUCUCGGUGACAACAUCGGCAUGAAGAACGAGAAGUGGACUCCCAUGAUGACUGCUGACAACGCCUGGAUCCCCCGUACCGAGAUCAUGCAGUCGCAUCAGAAGAUGGUUGCCGAGGUUGACCAGAAGGAGGCUCUUGCCUCUGGUCAGUUCCGCCCUCUCGUCCGCAAGGAGAUUGAGCAGCACUGCGCCAACUUUGGUCUCGACGCCGAGCUUGUUUCUCACUCGCGCAUGCGUGGUCUCUCCGGUGGCCAGCGUGUCAAGGUCGUCCUCGCCGCCUGCUCAUGGCAACGUCCUCACUUGAUCGUCCUCGACGAGCCCACCAACUACCUCGACCGUGACUCCCUUGGUGCUCUGUCCAAGGCCAUCAAGUCCUUCGAGGGUGGUGUCAUCAUCAUCACUCACUCUGCCGAGUUUACCAAGGACUUGACUGAGGAAGUCUGGGCUGUCCAGAACGGUCGCAUGACNCCCUCCGGUCACAACUGGGUCCAGGGUCAAGGUGCCGGUCCUAGACUGGAAGCCAAGGGUGGUGACGAGGAGGAGAAGUUCGACGCCAUGGGCAACAAGAUCGAGACUGUCGAGAAGAAGAAGAAGCUCACAUCCGCCGAGCUUCGCAAGAAGAAGAAGGACCGCAUGGCACGUCGCAAGCGCGGCGAGGAAGUGUUCUCUGACGAAGAUGACUUCUAG